GGCGGGGAAAUUAUUCACACACACACACCGCACUUUAGCUAUUGCACUGCACUUAAGCCUUAUAAGAGUGGGACACAGAGAGAGAGAGAGAGAGAGAGAGUGGAAACGGAGGAGGAGCACUUCUUCACAGCAAAGUGCUACUCCUACGUCGAAAGCUUCUCCACCUUUCCUUUUUCCUCCUUAUUUAAGGCGGCUCCGUACUCGGAUUCUCUCCGAGUUUCCAGAAGUUUCACAGUAUCUGUAAAUGCCGGUUUAAUUUGCUAUUGCUGUCAUCAUGGAUGACUAGGCCAGUCAGCUGCUAUAGAGCAAAUUUGGUUACUUUCUAUGUAAAGGAAAAAAGGGAAGUAUAUUUGUUGACUACAGAAGUGUUGUUCAUAUGGCAAGGAGAUAUGGGCCUUAUUUUGAUCCUGAAUAUGAAACCUUAAGUAUCAGAAUAAACCCUCCAAGGGUAUCUGUGGACAAUGUGAGUUGCAAAGAAUGCACUCUAGUGAAGGUUGACAGUGUCAACAGACCUGGAAUACUGCUGGAAGUGGUGCAAAUCCUAACAGACCUUGAUCUUGUAAUUACCAAAGCCUACAUAUCCUCUGAUGGCGGGUGGUUCAUGGAUGUAUUUCAUGUUACUGAUCAACACGGCAAGAAAGUUACAGACAGCAGCACUAUCGGUCAUAUAGAAAAAGCUCUAGGACCUGAAGGUUACACAUCAGGCAUAUUGAAGACUUGGCCAGGUAGAAGGGUAGGAGUGAACUCUGUGGGAGAUUACACCACCAUUGAGCUUAUAGGAAGCGAUCGUCCGGGUCUUUUAUCUGAAAUUUCUGCUGUACUAGCCAAUCUUCAUUUUAAUGUCGCUGCUGCUGAGGUUUGGACCCAUAAUAGGCGCACAGCAUGUGUUCUUUAUGUCAAUGAUAAUUGUUCAUCACUUGAUGUGGAUGAAGAAUCCAGAUUAUGUGUCAUGGAAGAGCAACUCAAUAACAUACUUCGUGGAUGUGAGGAUGAUGAGAGUGGGGCUCAUGCUACUUUCACAGUUGGUAGUACUCAUGUUGAUCGGCGGCUUCAUCAGAUGUUCUUUGCUGAUAGGGACUACGAAGGUGGUUGUCUCGAAAUGGAGAUAGAAUACCCUCCUAACUUCAAACCAGAAGUCAGAAUUGAAAGCUGUGUCGAGAAAGGGUACUCAGUGGUCAAUGUAAGUUGCAAGGAUAGACCAAAGCUUAUGUUUGACAUUGUAUGCACCCUCACAGACAUGCAGUAUGCUGUUUUCCAUGCCACUAUCUCAUCGAAUAUUUUAUCCGCCACAUGGAUGGUUGCACUCUGGAAUCUGAAGAGGAGAAGGAAAAGGUUGUGAAGUGUCUUGAAGCUGCGAUUCGGCGAAGGAUAAGUGAGGGUUUUAGUCUAGAGUUAUGUGCCAAGGACCGAGUUGGCUUACUUUCUGAAGUUACGAGAGUCCUACGAGAAAAUGGGCUAUCAGUGACUAGAGCUGGUGUCACAACUAUCGGGGAGAAAGCAAAGAAUGUCUUCUACGUACGAGAUGCAUCUGGAAACCCUGUAGAGAUGAAGACCAUUGAAAGACUGCGUGAAGAAAUUGGACAGACAAUGAUGCUUAAUGUGAAGAAAGUCCCAACAUCUGCAAAGGUACCUGAAACUGGUGGUUUGGCCAAGAUAAGCUUUUUCUUCGGAGGCUUACUUGAAAGAUUCCGUACUUAGAAAUUCAUCUACAAAGAGCUACCUACUUGUAUAGAAGAAUAAAGCACUUGAGUGAAAAAGUGUAUAAAUGUGGUAAGGUAUCCCUGUUAAAAUGCAUGUAGAUACAUUGAGAAGUUACCUUGUCAAGAAGAUAAACAAAGGGAAAAAGGAAUGGGUCUCUCCCAUUCUUAUUCUAUGCAGAACUCUGGAAGAUUAUCAGAUGACUGUGUGUUGUUCCUGCCAAAUAAAAGUACGAAAAUCUAUUGCUGUCAUA